AUGGUCAAGACAGUCGUAGUUCUUGGUGCGGCAUUCGGCGGUCUGGGCGUUGCCCAUCGCCUGCUCAAGUACACGCGCCAGACGGAGGAGGACAUCAGAGUCAUCUUGGUUUCGAAAGUAAGGCGCCCCUCUACUUUGAUUGAUAUAACACAACACUGGGAACCCGGACGACCCUUCCAGGAGCCAGAGGCCGUGCUGGCCUUUGGAGGCCUGUCGUGA